AAAAUUCUUGUCUGCAUUUCUUCAAUUGAUCUUGAAGGAGGAGGUCUUUGAGAGAAAGAAUCCAACAAUGGCAGACUGGGCACCUAUAUUGCUGGGUUUUGUGCUCUUCAUUCUGCUCUCUCCUGGCCUGUUAUUCCAAGUACCCGGGAACACACGAAACCUGGAGUUCAGCAGCUUCACAACCAACGGAAAGGCCAUUGUUGUCCACACCCUCAUAUUCUUCGUUGUCUUUACCAUCCUCAUUUUAGCACUGGGCAUUCGCAUUUACACUGGUUAAUAUGCUACAAGCAAAAUCAUCAUCUACAGGAUCAGUUGGAAAUUGGGGGCCAGUGAUAGUAGCAGUGGUGCUGUUUGUGCUGUUAACACCGGGGCUGCUGUUUCAGAUACCUGGAAAGAGCAGGGUGGUGGAGUUUGGGAAUAUGCAGACAAGUGGUGCUUCCAUUGCUGUACAUGCUAUUGUUUUUUCUGGGCUCAUCACUAUCUUCCUUGUUGCCAUUGGUGUUCACAUCUAUGCCGCUAAGUAAUUCUUGUAGUCCCUCUUCUUCUUCUUCUUCUUCUUUUGCCCUUUUGUUUUUUCUCCCAAGUUUAUAGAACUUUUGUUAUUGUUGA